GAAAGCAUGGCCUCCUUACUGCUGGAAUCAAGCAUACCACAGCCGCACACAACUAUAGGUGCACAAGAACUCAUCCAGAGGGAAGCAUGCACAAGAUGUGGCUGGUUAAGGAAAAAAGGGAAAAUAAACUUCAUUACAGCUUUGCGAAUAAGAUGGACAAACAUGUUUGUUGUUCUAAGCAAGGGCUGUCUGUACCAUUUCUCCAGUGAGACAUCCCGAUCCCCAAAUGGUGCUGUAUCUCUGUACGGUUAUAAUGUUGUUCACAGAGCUGGGGAUGUGUUGCAGUCAGAAGCACCAUGGGCAUUUAAGAUUAUUCAUGCAAAACCUGAAAUGAAAACAUACUAUUUUUCUGCUGCAUCAGAAGCAGAGAUGAAGGAGUGGAUGAAAGAUGUCAAAAGGGAGAUGCUUUAUGCCAACGGCAAGACAACAGAAAGAUCAAAACCUGAUGGAGAAAGCAGGCAUAAUUCUGUAGCCUUAGAUGCAGCUGAUGUAGAUGCAUUAUCCCAAACUUAUGAUGACUUAGAGAAGCAAAUAUAUGAUGAUUGUAGUGAAGUCAGUAUGCCAAAAAACCUUAUAAGAUUAGAAGACAGUGAUGAUGAAGAUUAUUUGAUGCUAAAUGAAGAUGAAAUGCAGGACAAUAUUACAUCUCCCACAAAGCGAUCAAUUCAGCACAGUCAGUCUGAACCAAGAAUACCACGUCCCAAAAAUACAUCUCAAACACUUCCUGACGUGAAGCAGUUAACAAAGGAAAUGAACAUGAAGAUUCCCUUAAGGCCUCUUCCAAAAUUGCCAGGAAAGAGAGAAGAUAUGCAUAAAAAGCUUCCUGCAGGUGCCAAACCUGCACUGCCUUUAAAACCAGACUUGCCAAGAAAACCAAAAUUAGCCGUUAAACCAUUUAAUACAAUAGGCCCAGAAACCGAGAAAAGAAAAAGUCCAGAUGGACAGAGCUCUAAGAGUAAAACUUUCGAUCUUGCUGCUUAUAGAAGAGACAGGUCCGAUUCUGUGCCAGAUGAAGUUGCUCCUGCGCCUCCACGUCCUUUACCAAAGUUAAAGCCAAUUAAAGAGAAAGUAAGAGACAGUGAAAGUUACUGGGCAUCUGUAUUCUGGCAUGGAGAUAAAGACGAAGCAAAUGAGUGUCUGCGCAACCUAGGUGAAGAAGGAGUAUAUUUAGUUAGGGAUAGUGAGUGCAACCAGCAGGUUCUAGUUGUUUAUGCAUCAGGGCAUCCAAAAAAGUACCGGAUAUGCCACAAGCCAGAAGAAGGAUAUUGGCUCAAAGAAGACACAGAAUUCCCCACACUGCCUGAUUUACUGUACUAUUAUCAUUCCAAUGAGCUGCCAACAGUAUCUGUCAAGCUGAAAAGACCAUAUUCUCUGAGCAAGUGAACAAACAGUUUCAUAAACAGAUGAAAUUAAUUGUUCUAACAUUAAUUGUUCUAAACAUUAGACAGUGUCCAAACUUUAGACAGUGACAUUUUGGAUGAAAGUUAGACCCCUUUCUAAAAAGGCAUAUCAUACGAGUUGGGACGGUCCAACUCUGCGGGGAUUUUCCUUAAGUGCAAUCAGUGGAAUGGGCUUAAUUGUCAUGCAACUAGGAGGUAAUUAAGCCGAGUGCAUAUGAAAGUUAAUUACCCUCUAGGUGCUCAAGGAGGCCUGUCAUUCAGUUAAGGCUCAUUUCACUUAUCCAGAGCCCUCUCAGAGUUGGACAGACCAAACUAGUAUGAUAUGUCUGUCUGAAUUCUCUCUUAGAUUCCAAAUGUUGUUAUACCUUACCUCUUGAGGUAUACUUGGAUAGGGGUUGUUCAUCUGUCCUUGGGCACAGUCUUGCAUGGUCAUCAGUCAGUUUCAAUAAAAUCUUACCUACUAAAACCAUGAACUUGCAUUUUGUAUACCUGGAAAAUGUUAUUUUUUCCUUAUAUUUAUGUAGUAUUUUACUUAGGAAAAAAAUUAACUAAAAGAUACCUUAUCAUGAAGUCUGGCCAUUUCCUACAGUUUUCAGUCAGUUUCACUGAAGAUACAAAGAGCUUAACAAGUUGUUGAUUACUUAGCUCUGGCCACAGGAAAGCUAUCUAUAGACAGUUCAUUCUGUCACAGAGGGGUGUACCAGGUACCUGGUAAUUUUGAACCGAAGGGUUCGGUGAAUGUUUCACUUUGACAUACAUCUCAGAGGUCAAUUUAUCCCAUGGCAUAAGAGGGCUACCUGAAACUUCAUAUGCUUGAUCGCCAUGAAAUACUUACACCUUAUAUUACAUAAAAAACUAUUUAUGUGCAUCUAUCAGGGUGCCACUAGAAAAACUUAUCCCAGCCCUUUUUUCCUCUUUGACAAAGCAGUUUGUGGGGAGUGGGGGAUAUUUUAAUGGCAUUCAGUGAUUAAUUUGUUCUGGUUCAGUUGUCGUGGCAUCUAUCUGAUCCUUGCUUUAUUAGUAAAAUGUAUUGCUUGUUCUUCCAAUGAGAAAAAAUCCAAAGACACAUUCCUAUGCAUAUGUUUAAAAUGCACAAUUUAAUAUUUUCAUAAAUAUUAUGGAAUAAGAAGAUCAAUUCAUGUAUACAGUGUUUUUUAGAAAAAUGAUAUGUUUACUCAUCAUGCUUAUUUUUAUAAUGUAUAGAUUUCAACUAUUAUAAGAGCCAGCUGGAACUGGAUAAGUGCUACAAUGAUGGUACUAUGAUUCUCAUGUGUCAUAUGUUACAAUUUUUAAUGCUUACAACAUUUUAGAACUGUUUUUGUACCAGUAUAUUACUGUUUGUGGUAAGUUUUUCUGCUUGUACAUUUGUAUUGUAACAUAUGUUGUAAGAAGUCUAUGGCAGCAUUCAGAUUCAGACAUCAUACAAGCUGGGUCAGUCCAACCCUGCAGGGGCUUCUCGUUAAAGUGCAGUCAGUGAGAUCAGCUUAAUUGUAUGAUAGGUCUCCCUGAGCAGCUAUGUGGUAAUUAACUUCCAUGUGCGCUUGUCUUAAUUACCCUAUGGCUGCUAGAGAAGGCAUGUCAGACAAUCAAUCUGAGCCAACUGAUUGCACUUAAAGCCAAUCCCCUGCAGAGUUGACAGGCCCAGCUGGUACAAUGUCUGAAGCUGAAUGCGCCCUAUUAUGCGCCCUAAAAUGAUGCCAUUCAAGAAGUUAAAAGUGUUUAUUGCUAAAAUUAGUCUUAUUAUGGAUCUAAAUGCCAUGAACAAUGUUUAUUUACAAAGUGCCUUUUAAUGAGUAAAAAAUGCUUUUCAUCAAAGACUGCCCUGUUACCCCAUCCAAUAUACAGUGAUGGCAUUAUUUUUUUGAAGUUAAGUGAUUAAGGGAAAAUGUGCAAAGUAUGAAAUAACACAAUUGCAGAGAUUAAUACCUGAGUAACUCUUAAAAAGAUGAGGUCUUUGUCAGUACCAUUACAAUCUUUAUAAUGGGACCCACAUCUGACAGUGGUUUGAUUUGUUUUGAUGGAAGGUUUCCUUGAAGAAAUACAACUUAACUGUGAUCCCACUUGUGAAGGAACAUGUGGCAGUUAUGUUAUAAAUCUGUUUGUAGUAUUAUAUGCUGUUAUGAAAGGUAGCCCAGUAAUGCAUCAGUGCAAUAAUUGUUGACCCAGUGAAAUACAUCAAGUAAAUGACUUACACCCUCCCAACUAAUACUUUCAACUGGUACAAUCAUGUUAGUGACAGGGUAAUUAAAUAUGUGUGGUGUGUCGUUCAAGAUACUGAUUCCCACUACUGUCAUGUGACAAUAAAUGUACCUAUUGUGGCAUGGAAGACCCUAACUGUAGCAAACCUGCUGCAUGGUGUCUGUAAAAUAAGAUUUGUUUCAGCAAAAUCAAGGUACAUCUUGCAACACCACACAUCUUUGGUUACCUUAUCACUAAUAUCUGAUACUUGUACCGCAUGUCCUAUUAUCUUUAGAUAAAAGCAAAGAAUGGCAUAUUUAGAGGGGAUGUUUCAUUGAACAAAAAUUAACAGAAAUUGAAAACCAAACAUUGUAACUGUGAACAUUCCAAUAAAGAAUAUUACUUGGUA